AUGUCCGACGUCGGCUCUGAAAACGGGACGGUCGUGCAUCGCUCCGAUGUAUCGACCUUGCCGCCCAUGUUUCUCCCGGCAUGGAAAGCGACGCCGGCGCGUGGUCGUGAUCGCUUCAAUGCAUUGGGCGGUGACAUGUUCUCACCUAUGAAGUUACAGCAGAUCUUUCAUGAGCCGAGCCCUUCGUCUAUGAAAGAAAAUGUACAGCUCUCAUCGUCCACUACGUCGUCGCCGCGUGGCCCCGCCUCGAAAGCGGCGCAUGCUGCGCUGGAGGCCGUGCCAACGCAGUCGGAAUUUACGUUUCGGACGAAGCAUGUGCCGACAUCGACGCCCAUGCCAACACGCCGAGUCUCUGUGAAAGGCGCCACGUUGAACGCAGCUCUCCAGGCGGAGAAAGCUCGUGCGGAAGCUGCUGCUGCCGCCGCCACAGAGACCGCCACGGGAACGACAGGAUCUACCUCGGUCUCGGCAACACGGACAUCGACGACGAGCGCGAGUACCAGCGCGAAACCUGUGCCGUCCACGCCAGGGGGGCCUCAUGUCCCGCUGCGUCUGAUCAAUCUGCAGAUGGACGCACACGUUCGCACAGGCCUGGAGCAGCUUGCGGAAGAGCGAAGUCGCGAAGCCUCGCGGGAUGAAUCAUCAAGCAUACAUGAUCUUCACACACACAAGCGCAUGCGGGUCGCCUCGCAUGAGACCAGUCAGACGCGACCAGUGUCGCGUCGCAUGCCGCUAUCGUACCGUUCGACCAACAUGGAUACCCAAACAUCGCCGCCACACAUGUCGCCCUUUGGCUCGUACCCACGCUCCAUCCUUAAAUCGACCGCGCAAGAUACGCCGCGCGGUACCAAUGCGCGCUCCAUCAGCUUUGUGGAUCCGUCGGUGCCACGUGAAUCGCGUCUGGAGCGCGUCUUGGACGAGUUGGAGCACAUGAACCUGACGCAGUCUAUGCGUGGCGACAUGACCACAGGCGAUCGAUCCCUCGGCACACAAGCGUCGUUCCGCGUGACGCGGGACAAGCUGAUUGAGCUGCUCACAGACGUAGCGCCAUGGGAGCCGGAUUGGCAUUCGAUGCGUACGUUGGAUUUGCGUGCGCGCCGCCUAGAGUCGUGCAUUGGGCUGGCCGAGCAUAUGCCCGCGCUGGACGAAGUGUGGCUUGAUCACAAUGAUGUGGCGUUUGCCAUGGGGCUACCGGCCAGUCUGCGUAUAUUGCGAGCGUCGCACAACCACUUUUCGGAGCUCACGUCGUUCGAGCAUUUGCAGCGGCUCGAGGUGAUUGACGUGAGCCACAAUGACUUGACGUCGCUCAUGCCGUUUGCCCAGCUACCACAUCUGCGGGAGUUACGGGCGGACCACAACCAAAUCGUCGACCUGCAUGGCCUCGAGCAGUGCCGAACGCUGCGUCGCGUGAGUGUGACGCACAAUGCGCUGCAUGGCACCCUCGACUUGGCCAGCAUGGCAUGGCAUGCGAUCGAGCGGAUCGCACUCUCGCACAACCGGCUUCAGCGUCUCGAUGGCAUGGAGCAUCUCUCCACCCUCCAAGCGCUGCAUGUGGAAGCCAACGAGCUAAGCGUCGUGCGCAGUCUACAGAUCUUGCCGCAGCUGCGUGUGCUGCGUGUGAGCGACAAUGCCACCUUGACCACCCUCGACGUUGCCUGGGCGCCGCGGAUCAAGACCCUGUACGCGGAUCGGUGUGCCUUGCCACGCAUUGAGGGACUGGCCCAGGCCGUCGAGCUUCAGCGCCUAUCGCUGCGGCAGCAGCACACACGCCUGCAAUGGCCCCUUCCUCUCCCGCCGUCCGUGGAGCGCCUCUUCCUGGCCGGCAAUGCCAUCCGGUCGCAUGCGUGGCUGGGUACAACGCUGCCUGACUUGGUCUACUUGGAGUUGGCAGGGUGCCAGCUGACGCAUAUGGCUGCACAGUGGCAGCAGCGUACGCCGGCGCUGCGCUCUCUGAAUCUGGACCACAAUAUGCUAACCAGCGUGCCGUCCUUGCAUGCAUGGCACCGAUUGAAGCGGCUCAGUGUGGUGGGCAAUCGCCUGGUGGCGCUCGAAGACGUGGUACAAAGUGUGCGUGGCCUGACGGAGCUGUGUGUGUUGGACGUACGCAUGAAUCCAUGCACGUUGGGCCUGUACCCACCGAUGGUUUGGCCCUGCGAUGCUGGCGUCGGGCCGCGGGACGAUGCUGUGAAAGCACCGCCUACCACCACACAGGCCUGGUGUCCUCCGCUGCCCAACCCGGCCAUCGUACAACCGGAUGCGGCGGCGGCAUUAGCACGUGCUGCGCAGGCGCAGUACCAAGCCGCGCAAGCGCUCGCGGAGCGCUCGCAAUUCCAUAAACGCACGAUGCUCUUGCCGCCGGAGCCCUCGGACACGACGCCCGGCUCGGAUCAUGCGGCCGAUGGCGCUCGCGCCACGGUGCUGUUCCAAGCAGCCGAUCAGCGGUUUGUUGCUACGUUGACGCGGCACACGCUUCAAAAGCGGCGUGUGUACCGCGGCCUAUGUGGUAUGGCGUGUGCAUCGCUCACAUGGCUCGAUGGACUGGAGCUGGAAGAGCGCGACGUACAAGAGGCCGAGCAGCAGCUUCGAUCCACGCUGUAG